AUGUCCGCCACCUCUACAACACCUUCCGAAGGCCCCAGCUCACAGCUUCUUGGUGCGCUGGGGACCAACGCCGAAGCAAACCGUGUAGGGGCUCAAGCUCUUGCCCACCUUGCACUCCAUGGACCGAAGCUUCCUUCAAGUUCUUCAGAUCCACAGGACCCGAGCUUACAGCUGCUCGAAGGGCUCAAGAUAAACGCGGAAUCAAACCGUGUAAACGCUCAAGCUCUUACCCACCUAGCUCUCAGUGUACCAAAGCCUCUCGGUGGUUCUCCUAACCCACAACGCACUGUCAGACCUGGGUCCUUCGUGAUAAAUGAGCGCGUCGGCACGAUCACCACCGCCGAGUGGGAGACACUUGGUAACGAGCGGAUUUCCCACCUCGCCAAGGUUCUCCGCGGCAUUGCCGAUGAGUUAGGUUCACCUCAUACUUGGGAGGAAAUAGGCGAGAUCGUUCGGGGACGACUUUCGCUGUUCGGUUUCACGUUUCGGAAGCUAAGUGAGCUGGAGGUUAAGAAGGAUUGGGGUAUUGUGGUGGCCAAGGGAGAUGACAAAAGAGCGAUCGUCACCCAAGUAUUGGAUUGUAAUAGAGUGGAUAUAGGGCCAAUUUGGCAUACCAAUGAGAUGUUGAGGGUGUGGAGCCAGUUGAUGGAUAUUACUGAUGCUUGGACGGCGGGGUGA